GCUGCGUUUUGGAUGCACUGGAAGCACAGACUGACACGAGUCACCUCUGAGCAUGAAAGCUUUAACUCCCAAAGAGAUGUACGGCCUGAGGAGCACGAAGAGGGUCCCUAAACCUAUGAUGGAGAAGCGCAGGCGGGAGCGGAUCAACCAAAGUCUGGAGACAUUGCGUCUUCUGAUGCUGGACAACACCCACAAUGAGAAACUGAAAAAUCCGAAAGUGGAGAAGGCAGAGAUCCUGGAGAGUGUGGUCAAGUUCCUGGAGACGGGGAAGGAGGACGAGAAGAAUCCCCGGUCGACGUCCGUGGGGCAGAGGCCGAACGUCGCCCGCCAGCACAGCUUCCAUGACGGCAUGAGGUCCUGUCUGCUGCGGGUCAGCCACUUCAUCGCCAACAAGAGCAAGGAGCUGGAGAGCACCGAUGAGCAUGCCGUUCAGGCUUCUCUUGCGCUUGCCGAGCCCCAGACGCACCCGUCAUCUCCCGGACACAUCCACAUGGCACAGGACCCUCUGUCUCCUCAGCACCAGGCCCACAACCACUGCCAGAGCGGGAUCUCGCACCCGUACCUCACCCAGAGGACUGGCCUCCACUGUGACACCAGGGAGCUGCUCUCCUCCACCGCAGCCUGCACACACAUCACAGACCCGGUGUGGAGGCCCUGGCCUCAGUGA